AUGGCCGUGAUGGCGGCAGGCACUGGUUCACGCGCGCUUGCUGUUCGCGAACCUGAAUACGAACAUCUCUAUGCUGCCAGUAUCUUGCCAUACUCAUACAACAUAAUGGUGGGGGUUCCAGUGCCGCCAGCUGGGAAAGUGCUUCUCGGGGAGUCGGUCGAGGAGAGUCGGGUCAAACGUCUGGAGAAGCAGCAGUCUCGGUAUAGGGACAGAGGCGGGAUGUUUGUUCCUGCCGAUACAAACCCUUUGCUUGAUGUGCUGUUGGCGCGGGGCGUCAAUGGCGAGUCACCCCAGAAGCAGCGGUCAAUGGCCCCGUCACCCUCACCGCCUCGAAAGGCAAGAAAGAGUGCAGUCUCGGUUGUCCGCGCGAAGAAGCCCAAAGCUAAGGCGAGCGAUGGCGGCGCGUCUCCUGCCAAAGUAGCCAGGAGAAAGUCAGCCCGGGUCAAACGUGACCCCAAGCCGAAGAGCAGGGCAGCAGUGAAGUCGGUAAAGAAGACGGCUAACCCUGGGCUCGGUGUACAGGACAACGGUGCUCCCACCGCAGGUCCGUCCAAGCUACCUCCAGAACCACCCAGCGGGGCGCGCAUGGGCAAGGCGCGGCUUAAGGCCUCCGGCAUGUAG